UUUUCCUGUUUCUUCUAUCAAAAGCUCCGGCUUCAGUUUGAAGUCAUGGCUCCCGGAAUCAUUGAACCAGAGCCGGCAGUAUCCAACAACGCCAGCCAAACGCUGAGUUCAAUCACUUCCGCCUACGAUGAUACCUUGAGGUUCUAUCUCAACGGAACCAAGGUAGUGCUAGACUCUGCCGACCCAGAAGUUACACUUCUAGAGUAUCUGAGGGGUAUCGGCCUCACUGGUACGAAGUUGGGGUGUGCUGAGGGAGGAUGUGGUGCUUGUACAGUUGUCGUUUCGCAAUAUAAUCCUACCACCCAAAAAAUAUACCACGCUUCCGUAAACGCAUGCCUCGCUCCGCUUGUUAGUGUCGAUGGGAAACACGUUAUAACGGUGGAGGGUAUAGGCAACGUUAAGAGCCCACAUCCAGCUCAGGAGCGAAUAGCGAAAGGAAAUGGCAGCCAAUGUGGUUUCUGCACGCCAGGCAUCGUCAUGAGCUUGUACGCUUUGCUACGAAACACUGAUGCACCUUCCGAAUACGACGUCGAGGAAGCCUUUGACGGAAACCUGUGUCGCUGUACUGGAUACAGGCCCAUAUUGGAUGCUGCGCAAAGUUUCAGCUCGAAGGCGGGAUGUGGUAAAGCUACAGAAAACGGAGGUAGCGGCUGCUGUAUGGAGAAGGGGUCAAACGGGGGAUGCUGCAAGGGUGGCGGGGACGACUCACAACCUAUCAAGAAAUUCACGCCGCCAGGAUUCAUCGAAUAUAAGCCAGACACCGAGUUGAUUUUCCCUCCGCAACUGCGUAAACACGAAUUCAAGCCGCUAGCGUUUGGUACAAAGAAGAAGAGAUGGUAUAGACCUGUCACACUGCAACAGCUUCUCGAGAUAAAGAGCGCAUACCCAUCUGCAAAGAUCAUUGGAGGAAGUACUGAGACGCAGAUUGAAAUCAAAUUCAAGGCACAGCACUACAGUGCCUCUGUCUUCGUCGGCGAUAUUGCUGAGCUACGCCAAUUUUCCUUUCACGAUGACUACCUUGAGAUUGGUGGAAACGUGGUGCUGACCGAUCUCGAGAAAAUCUGCCGUGACGCUGUCAAGCAUUACGGAGAGAUAAAAGGACAGCCUUUCGCUGCCAUUUUGAAGCAAAUUCGAUACUUCGCAGGUCGACAAAUCAGGAAUGUGGGAACGCCAGCUGGCAAUCUGGCUACCGCUAGCCCCAUCUCCGAUUUAAAUCCAGUAUUCGUCGCAAGCAACGCUACUCUUGUAGCAAAAAGUUUGAACGAGACCACAGAGAUACCCAUGUCGACCUUUUUCAAAAGCUAUCGCACGACAGCACUUGGUCCUGACGCAGUGAUUGCGAGUUUGAAGAUUCCAGUCGCAAGGGAGAAAGGAGAGUUUAUGCGAGCGUACAAGCAGGCGAAAAGAAAGGACGACGAUAUUGCUAUCGUGAACGCUGCCUUACGGAUAUCUCUAGGCGACGAAAAUCUUGUACAGAGUGUGGAUCUUGUUUACGGCGGCAUGGCUCCUACUACAAUAGCAGCGAAAAAGGCCAUGUCAUUUUUGCAGGGCAAGAAAUUCACCGAUCUUCAAACAUUGGAAGGCGUAAUGGCCGCGCUUGAAGAGGACUUCGAUCUACGCUUCGGAGUUCCGGGCGGAAUGGCGACGUAUCGUAAAACACUCGCUCUGGGGUUCUUUUACAAAUUCUACCACGAAGUUCUCGCAGGGCUAGACGCUGAAGCAUCUGGGCUUGACUCCCAAGCUAUCGGCGAAAUCGAGAGAGAAAUUAGCACUGGUGAGAAAGACCAAACUGUUACGGAAGCCUAUGCGCAAAAGAUUUUGGGUUCGGGGAAGCCACACGUAGCUGCCAUGAAGCAGUGCACUGGUGAGGCGCAAUACACGGAUGAUAUCCCAGUACAGAAAAACGAGCUUUACGGCUGUCUCGUUCUUUCUACCAAAGCUCACGCGAAGCUCAUCAGCGUCAACCCAGAACCUGCGUUAGAUCUUCCCGGGGUCGCGGCGUGGGUUGAUCACAAGGACAUGUCUUCACCAGAAGCGAAUUGGUGGGGUGCUCCGUCCUGCGACGAAGUCUUCUUCGCUGUGGAUGAAGUAUGCACAGCCGGACAACCGAUUGGUAUGAUACUGGCGGACAGUGCAAAGCGAGCAGAACAGGCAGCCCGUGCUGUCAAGGUCGAAUACGAGGAACUCCCGGCCAUUUUCACAAUAGAAGAGGCGAUCGAGACCGAAAGCUUUUUCAAUCACUUCAAAUACAUCAAGAAAGGCGACACCGAAAAAGCGUUCACAGAGGCCGAUCAUGUGUUUUCCGGUGUCGUCCGCAUGGGAGGACAAGAACACUUUUAUCUCGAGACACAGGCUUGUGUAGCCGUACCAAAGCCCGAAGACGGCGAAAUGGAGAUAUUCAGCUCAACCCAGAAUCCUGCCGAAACACAAGCAUAUGUGUCGAAAAUUGUUGGCGUUGCUGCGAAUAAGAUCGUCACCCGCGUUAAACGAAUGGGCGGUGGGUUUGGUGGCAAAGAGACGCGUUCAGUACAGCUGGCAGGGAUUGUAGCAUGCGCUGCGAACAAAGUCCGACGACCGGUUCGGUGCAUGCUGAAUCGAGACGAAGACAUAUUGACAUCUGGUCAGCGACAUCCCUUCCUCGCUCGUUGGAAAGUAGCAGUGAGCAAAGAUGGAAUGCUGCAGGCCCUUGAUGCCGACGUUUUCAACAAUGGGGGCUGGAGUCAAGACCUUUCGGGUGCGGUGGUUGAGCGUGCUCUUUCACACAUCGACAAUUGCUAUUCUAUCCCUAAUAUCCACGUACGCGGUCGUGUAGCGAAAACGAACACCGUGUCGAAUACAGCUUUCCGGGGUUUUGGAGGCCCACAAGGCAUGUUCAUCACGGAAAGCUUCAUGGAGGAGAUUGCCGACCACCUGAAGGUUCCAGUUGAGAAGUUGCGUGAAAUCAACAUGUAUUCGCCAGAGUCUAACAUGAUUACGCAUUUCAAUCAGGAAAUCAAGGAUUGGUACGUACCACUCAUGUACAAACAAGUCCAAGAAUCGUUCACCUACGAGCAACGUCGAGUUGAGAUCGAGGAGUGGAACAAGACACACAAAUGGAAUAAACGUGGCAUAGCUAUCAUACCCACAAAAUUCGGCAUUUCGUUCACAGCAUUGUUCCUCAACCAAGCCGGUGCUCUCGUCCACAUCUAUCACGACGGAUCCAUCCUUGUUGCCCAUGGAGGAACCGAAAUGGGCCAAGGUCUACAUACCAAGAUGACGAUGAUCGCAGCUGAAGCUCUUGGUGUUCCUCUGUCUUCAGUCUUCAUCUCUGAGACUGCUACAAACACGGUAGCAAAUGGCUCUAGUACCGCCGCAUCCGCAUCUUCGGAUCUGAAUGGAUACGCCAUUUUCAACGCGUGCAAGCAACUCAACGAACGACUGCAGCCGUACCGCGAAAAACUCGGUCCCGAUGCUACCAUGAAAGACAUAGCCCACGCCGCCUACUUCGACCGCGUGAACCUCUCAGCCCAAGGAUUCUACAAGACCCCCGACAUUGGCUACGUAUGGGGCGAAAAUACGGGACAAAUGUUCUUCUACUUCACGCAAGGUGUCGCGGCUGCCGAGGUGGAAAUCGAUACAUUGACGGGAGACUGGACGUGUCGUCGUGCUGACAUCAAGAUGGACGUGGGACGCAGUAUCAACCCGGCCAUCGACUACGGGCAGAUCGAAGGCGCAUUUGUGCAAGGUCAAGGCCUCUUUACUACUGAGGAGAGCUUGUGGCAGCGCAAUACGGGCGGUAUCUUUACUAAAGGUCCUGGCGCAUAUAAGAUCCCUGGGUUCAGAGACAUUCCACAGGUCUUCAACGUGUCGCUACUCAAGGAUGUGACAUGGGAGAAUCUACGCACAAUCCAGAGGAGUAGGGGUAUCGGCGAGCCUCCACUUUUCAUGGGCAGCGCUGUCUUCUUCGCCAUCCGCGAUGCGCUCAAGGCCGCACGUAGCGAGUUUGGUGAGACCAGUGUCCUGUCGUUGCAGAGUCCAGCCACACCAGAGCGUAUCAGGGUCAGCUGUGCGGAUCCUAUCUUGAAGCGCGCUUGGGUGGAGCCAAAGGAGGGGGAGAAGAGUUGGUUUAUUAGUAUCUAG